AUGGAUGUUCUCAAGGCUAUGAUUAGGUUGAGUAUUCCAGCAGAAGCGGGGCAUUAUGGUAUUCUGAUUGAGAAUUUUUGCAAGGCUAGUCAAUAUAAUAAUGCUGUUAAGUUGUUGGAUAAGCUCACUGAGAAGGAGAUCAUUUUGAGGCCUCAGAGUACUUUGCAUAUGGAGCCUAGUGCAUAUAACCCGAUUAUAGAGUAUCUUUGCAACAAUGGCCAGACAGCAAAAGCAGAAAUCCUUCUGCGGCAACUGAUGAAAAUGGGCGUUCAAGAACCCAUUGCUAGCUACCUGAAGAAGAAUGAGUCUGCUGAUGCGAAGACAACUCUGGAUAGCAUGAUAGAGAAUGGUCAUCUCCUGGAUUCAUCUCUUUAUAGAUCAGUGAUGGAGAGCUUGUUUGAAGAUGGCAGGAUUCAGACAGCAAGCCGAGUCAUGAAGACUAUGUUGGAGAAGGGGCUGAAGGAUCAUGAAGAAUUGAUUGCUAAGAUUUUGGAAGAUCUUCUUAUGAGGGGUCAUGUUGAAGAAGCCAUCGGAAGAAUUGACCUGCUGAUGGUUAUUGAUCUUGCACCUCAUUUUGAUAGUCUCUUAUCUGUUCUAUGUGAGAAAGGGAAGACAAUUUCUGCUCUGAAACUGUCGGAUUUUGGUUUGGAAAGAGAUUGA